UUUAGGUAAAUAAUAGUUUACAUGUCCCAAAGGAAGAGAGAGACUACCUUGUUUGUCAAGAUCUAGGGUUUUUUUCCUAUCUAUCUCCUCUUUUUUUCUCAAGAACUGCAACUCCAACUCCAUCUUUGUACACCACUCUAAUACUAUUGAUUCAAGGCUAAUUAUAAUUUAUUUAUUUAUUUGUAUUUUUGUAACAAAAGGUUGGUCUUUUCUCUAUCUGAUGAAUUUUCAUUCUCCAAGAUCGAUGCCUCGUGUUUUCUAAACGACAUUUUUUUUUUCAUUUUUUUUUUCCUGUCUUGGAUUAAGUCGAGGGAAGCUAUAAUUGGUUAAUUAAGUUCAGUUCUAAGUGGCCCUAAUCCCUAGCUAAUUCAUUUUUAGUUCUGUCUUUAACCCUAAAAGCUUUUCUUGUAAAGCUGUGUUUGUCUCUCAUCAAAACAAAUUUGUAGAUUUGGAAGGAAAAAGGAAAAUCAAGAACAAAAAAAUGCAAGGAAGUGAGCAAACAGGAUGCUCAAAGACAAGGGCUUCAAGACAAAAUGAAGAAGAGAGCGAAAGUGGAGAGAAUGAUGAAGAUGAAAGUAGGCCAAAAAAUGGAGCAAGUUCGAGUAACAGUACUGUUGAAGAGAGUGAAAAGAAACCCUCAGUUAGGCCUUAUGUCAGAUCCAAGAUGCCUAGGCUUCGUUGGACUCCUGAGCUUCAUCUUUGCUUUGUUAAAGCUGUAGAAAGACUUGGCGGACAAGAUAGAGCUACUCCAAAGCUGGUUCUUCAACUUAUGAAUGUUAAUGGACUUAGCAUUGCUCAUGUCAAGAGCCAUUUACAGAUGUAUAGAAGCAAGAAGAUUGAUGACCCAAGCCAAGCCAUGUCUGAUCAU